UUCCUGGUGAAUGCCAAAAAAACCGAUUUCAAUUGGUCCAACGAUUUCAAGCCGCUAAAAUGGCAAGUGUGCGAUGUUUGCACAAGCUAAUCCGCCUGCAGAAGCUCCUGCUGCCGCUCAAUGGACAAAGCUCCCGUUUGGCUCCGUUGCAGCCGAGACCUUUGACUUUUCUCCUGGCAAGAAGCUAUGCUAAGGACGAAAAGACCACUAACCUAAACGACUUUCGGGCACGCGAGGAGCAACGUGAAAAGGAGCGGGAUGCGGCCGAUGAGGCGGCGGCAAGGGAAACACAAAGAGAAACUGGUGCAGGAGGUGGACUGGGAGCAACAGGAUCAGACACUGGCGGCCAACAGGACGAUGCCAAGCAGGCGAAAGUGGAUGCCGUAAGGGUCAAGAUCCUAGAUGCUGCUUUGCAACAUGUGCCCCAGCAAGGUUGGACUCGGCAGGCCAUUAUUUUGGGUGCCGAGGAGAGUGGCUAUCCCAGCGUGGUGCACGGCAUGUUUCCUGAAGGUGGUUUCGCCCUGGUCUCCCACUUUAAUGGCAAGUGUAACGCCCAGCUGGUAGAGAGCCUGCAGCAAGAUACAGAUGGCGGCAAGAAGGCAGUGGAUGAUCCCCUCGAUUUUCUGGUGCAAGCAGUGCGCCAGCGCCUCGAAAUGGUCACCCCCUAUAAGGCGCAGUGGCCCCAGGCGAUGGCCUUGAUAGCGCAGCCUCAACAUGCGCCCACAGCCCUGGCCCAAGUGCUCACCCUGGUGGAUGACAUCUGCUACUAUUCGGGGGAUCGCUCCGUCGAUUUCGGUUGGUACACAAGACGCGUGGGUCUGGCGACCAUCAUGAAGAUGACCGAGCUGUACUUCCUGCAGGACACUUCCCAGGGACACGCUCAAACGUGGGACUUCCUGAAGAACCGCAUGGACGAGGCUGUGCAGCUGCAAAUGAUGCUGUCCCAGACGGAGGGCAUGACGCACACGUUUCAACGUUCCUUCAACUCGGCGUUCAUAACGGCGCGCAACAUACUUGGUCUGGGUUAUAAUCGUAAUUAGCACGGAAAGAAGCCGAUCCCGUGAUCUGUUUCCUCGAGUGCCGCAUGCAGUCCAAAGAUAAAUACUUGUAGUGGGGAUAACGCUGCUCCCACUUAAAGAUGUACACUUAUGUUUACCUUAAAUCCAUAUGUAUAUACGUGCAAAGAAGUACACCCUUAUACAACCAAUGGCUAGUUGUUGGUUUUUCGUGGUUUUUGCUGGGGAUUUCAUGUUGAAAACCCAACAAUAUUUUUUUAGACAUAUUUUCAAGUCAAUUAAACUCGCAGUCUAUAAUUGCAAAUAAAGGGGAAACGGGAAAACCAGUAACCUA